AUGGCGUUGCUUGGGAUCUUUCUGUACCGAAUUUUAGACUUCUUUUUCAGAAUCGUAUUACCGGUGGCCGUAGUUCUGUAUUUCGCUGUACAGCUGGGGAAAUGUGCGAUUCACAUAGAAGGGGCAGCGCCAGAAUGCAAGAGACAAUCGACUGACAGCAAUUCAACAUAUAACGUUGUGGCUGUUGCGAUCAAUGGCGACGGGAAUACACUCUCCAAGGACGAGUUUGUGAUGCGUGAAGAGAUGCAGAUAGGAAGACUCCGGUGCAAAUGUCCCCAGUCACCAGAUUGGUUAAAACCCGUCAACAAACGACGAAUUGCAGAAGGGAACAAAUGGGAGUUUGAGAAGAAGAAACGUCUUAAACCACUGUCUAUCUGCAAAGCCAUGUCACCGUUUAAUUAUAUCGGAGGUGGUAUCACCGUGGAACCGUAUCAAACAGUGCCCAUCAUUGGAUUGUCACUUCACCCAGUUAUCGAACAAAUGUUACCACACUUGAACACAGACAUUACUCUAAAAAUAUCAUCAACAAAAAUGUUGGGAAAACUUCACUUAUCGAAACAAAUACGUUAUGACGCGGAGCUUUCAAAUUACGUCAUACUCGGUGAAGGAACAUUCGAGCUGGAAAUUUCCAUAAAACAAAAUGUUAAACUGUUGAACACAAUCUUAGAUAACCAUAUUCUAUACACAAGUUCAAGUUAUGAGCUCGAUGUUUAUGAUAGACUACAAUUAACGUUAUUGAACUUUACAAACGAUAUUCAUGUUCGUAUUCACAGGGAAGCAUUGCCAGAUCUCUAUGAUCCUGGGGAAGAAAAUUCUAUUAUCGAUAAAGUCACGGUCAUUACUAAAACAUUCGAAAGGUACGAUGGUAUCGAGAAGUUCAUAAAUAGGGUUCAUCAGUUUUACCCGAAUAUAUCAAUUAUAAUCGCGGACGACUCACUUUAUCCACAUCCGAUUAAGAAGGACCACGUUAAACACUUCAUCAUGCCCUUUCGGACAGGGAGUUUUCCAGGUAGAAAUUUAGCCCUGAGUCAGGUGAAAACCAAAUAUGUCGUAUUUUUGGAUGAUGACAUGUUUUUUACCAACCAGACGAAUUUGGAAGGAAUGAUGGCAAAACUUGAAGAUCCUAACGUCGACAUGGAUAUUACAUGUGGCGAAGUCAAGAAUUUGGCGAAACUUAAAGGUCUACGGAGUAUUGGAUACAAUGACAGUGAAGGAUAUUGUAAUCUGGGACCAUUUUAUCCUCGUAGUAACGUUGUACCUGGAUAUCCACAGUGUGUAUGGGGAGAAAUGUUUAUAUUUUUUUUCAUGGCUAAAACAGCAGUUCUCCGUAAAAUUGGUGCAUAUCCACAGAUUGUACAGGCUGCUCACGAAGAGGCGUGGAUAGACGCGAUAGGAAAGGCAAAGAGCACUUACUGUAGCGACAGUUCCGUUUACCAUAAACAUUUCAGGAACAGAAGAUACACUAAAUAUCGUGUAGAAACACGUUCGGUUUUGAAUAAUGAUCCCAUGGCAUUGUUUGAAAACAAUAUGUGCUACUGGUGGAGUUUUUACAAUUUCCCGAAUAUAGAUAAGCACAGUUUAAUGAUACAGAGUCCUUUAGAGUAG